AUGGAAGGGUUUAAGAAAAGAAACGGUAUAGUUUUCAAAGCAAUUUGUGGAGAAAGUAACGCUGUUGAUGUUAACAAAUCUGAAAGCUUACAAGAGGAGGACGAAAAUUUAGAAACUGGUCCUGAAGAUUGGAACUUAGCCAUCAGCAACGACAAUAAUCAACAGCCAACAUUCCAAGAUUUUAUAAACGUCGAUGACGGUUUAAUAGCUUCAGGAGAACUUAAUGAAAGCGACAUUGUUCAUGCCCUUCUCGUCUUCUUCAUUGGAAAAUGA